AAUUCGUCAAUGAACGGCCCCACUGAUUUAAACAAAAACAAAUAAAUAAAGUAAAAUAAAAACGCACAUCGAACGGCUGCUCUCUGUGCCAUAGUGUCUUAGCUGGAGUUCCUACUAAGUGCCAGCGAUUGGGUAUCACAUCCAUCCGCUAGCAUGUCCGCAGUGGAGUCUGAGCUGCUUAGAAAAGUGAAUGAGAAAAUCGAUCUGAUUGAGCCCACAACCGGAAAACUGUUUUUCGAGCACAAAACAGAGCUGGCUUUCUGUAGGCCGCACCUGAUGCCGCUAAAGACGCAGGCGCUGGAACGGCUAGAGGAAAUGCAUCGCGAAACUGCGCGUCAGCUGCAAAAGAAGCGAAACAAUAAGAAAAUCACCGAGCCCCACAAGGAAUAGGCCGUCAAUCAAGUGGCC